AUGCUACCGUGGAUCCCCUCGGAGCUCAGCUGCUUCGUCACUUCUCCCUUGCAUCCCUUGGCAGCGAAAGCACCUCAUUUCUCCCGCCUGGGCGACGUGGAGGUCAACGCGGGGCAGAAUGCCACCUUCCAGUGCGUGGCCGCCGGCAAGGCCGCCGAGGCCGAGCGGUUCCUCAUGCAGAGGCAGAGCGGCGAGGUGGUCCCUGCCGCCUCGGUGAAGCACAUCAGCCAUCGGCGCUUCCUGGCCACCUUCCAGCUGGACGAGGUGUCCAAGGAGGAGCAGGAUCUCUACCGCUGCGUCACCCAGUCCAGCCGUGGCUCGGGCGUCUCCAACUUCGCCGAGCUUAUCGUGAAAGAGCCCCCCACACCCAUCGCACCCCCCCAGCUGCUCCGGGCUGGCUCCACUUACCUCAUCAUCCAGCUCAACACCAACUCCAUCAUCGGCGAUGGCCCCAUCGUGCGCAAGGAGAUCGAGUACCGCAUGACCUCGGGGCCCUGGUCGGAGGUCCACGCUGUCAACAUGCAAACCUACAAGCUCUGGCACUUGGAUCCGGACACGGAGUACGAGAUCAGCGUCCUGCUCACCCGGCCCGGCGAGGGGGGCACUGGCAAACCGGGACCACCCCUCAUCAGCCGCACCAAGUGUGCAGAGCCCAUGCGGGCCCCCAAAGGCCUGGCUUUCUCCGAAAUCCAGUCCAGGCAGCUGACGUUGCAGUGGGAGCCGCUGGGUUACAACCUGACCCGCUGUCACACCUACACUGUCUCGCUCUGCUACCGCUAUUUCGUGGGCACCGGCCACAACCAAACCUUCCGGGAGUGUGUGAAGAUGGAGCGUAACGCCAACCGCUACACCAUCAAAAACCUGCUGCCCUACAAGAACAUCCACGUCAAGCUCAUCCUCUCCAACCCCGAGGGACGCAAGGAGGGCAAGGAAGUCGUAUUCCAGACGGAUGAGGAUGUGCCCGGCGGCAUCGCAUCGGAGUCCCUUACCUUCACCCCGCUGGAGGACAUGAUAUUUCUGAAGUGGGAGGAACCGGUGGAGCCCAACGGCCUCAUCACACAGUACGAGAUCAGCUACCAGAGCAUCGAGUCCUCCGACCCAGCAGUCAACGUGCCCGGCCCGCGCCGCACCGUCUCCAAACUACGCAACGAGACCUACCACGUCUUCUCCAACCUCCACCCCGGCACCCCGUACCUCUUCUCGGUUCGAGCCCGCACCGGCAAGGGUUUUGGCCAGACGGCGCUCACCGAGAUCACCACCAACAUCUCCGCUCCCACCUUCGACUACGGGGACAUGCCAUCGCCGCUGAGUGAGUCACCGGUGCUGCUGCGGCCGGCGCAGGGCAGAGGGGCUCCCAUCAGCACCUACCAGGUCAUUGUAGAAGAAGACCGACCCAAGAAGCUCAAGCGGGAGCUGGGUGGGCAGGAGUGCUUCCCGGUGCCACUCACCUUCGAUGACGCUGUGUCCCGUGGCUCCGUACACUACUUUGGGGCCGAGUUGCCUGCCAGCAGCCUCACUGAAGCCAAACCCUUCACCGUGGGCGACAACCAGACCUACAGCGGCUACUGGAACCCACCGCUGGAACCCAAGAAGGCCUAUCUCAUCUACUUCCAAGCCAUGAGCAACCUCAAAGGGGAAACCCGGCUGAACUGUGUCCGGAUCGCUCGCAAAGCUGCCUGCAAAGAGAGCAAACGGCCCCUGGAAGUGUCGCAGCACUCGGAGGAGAUGGGCCUGAUCCUGGGGAUCUGUGCUGGAGGGCUCAUUGUCCUGAUUAUCCUCCUGGGAGCCAUCAUCGUCGUCAUUCGGAAAGGAAAACCCGUCAACAUGACCAAAGCGACCAUUAAUUACCGCCACGAGAAGACGCACAUGAUGAGUGCUAUCGACAGGAGCUUCACCGACCAGAGCACGCUGCAGGAGGACGAGCGCCUGGGGCUCUCCUUUAUGGACACCCACAACUACGGCCACCGAGGUGACCAGCGCAGCAGCGUGGUCAACGAGUCCAGCAGCCUCUUGGGGGGGUCCCCCCGCCGCCAGUGCGGCCGCAAAGGGUCCCCGUACCACACUGGGCAGCUCCAUCCCGCCGUGCGGGUGGCAGAUCUCCUCCAGCAUAUCAACCAGAUGAAGACAGCAGAAGGCUACGGCUUCAAGCAGGAGUAUGAGAGUUUCUUUGAAGGCUGGGAUGCUUCAAAGAAGAAAGACAAGACCAAAGGGAGACAGGAUCACGUGUCAACAUAUGACCGUCACCGAGUGAAGCUGCACCCGCUGCUGGGUGAUCCCAACUCGGACUACAUCAACGCCAACUACAUCGACGGCUACCACAGGUCCAACCACUUCAUAGCCACGCAAGGGCCCAAGCAGGAGAUGGUGUACGACUUCUGGCGCAUGGUGUGGCAGGAGCACUGUUCCAGCAUCGUGAUGAUAACCAAACUGGUGGAGGUGGGCCGGGUCAAAUGCUCCAAAUACUGGCCGGAUGACUCCGAGAUGUACGGGGACAUCAAGAUCACUCUGGUGAAGUCAGAGACGUUGGCCGAAUACGCCGUCCGCACCUUCGCCCUCGAGAGGCGGGGUUACUCGGCCCGGCACGAGGUGAAGCAGUUCCACUUCACGUCGUGGCCCGAGCACGGCGUUCCUUACCACGCCACGGGGCUACUGGCCUUCAUCCGCAGGGACGCUGGCCCCAUCGUCAUCCACUGCAGGUACGUGCGUGGCCGUGGGGCAGAGCCGGCU